AUGGCAGACUGGCAGCGGCAUUUCGAUGCCACUCUGGAGCGCAACAGAAUAGCACAAGCCGAACUCCAGCAGUACGCUUCCGCUGCUGUCCAACGCAACGAAAUCGCCCAAGCGGAAUUUAGGAGCUACGCCGAUGAAGAAAUCGCCCGGAAUGACAGAGCGCAAGCGGAGUUUCGUCGAAGUUUAGAAAGGGCCACAAAUGCGCCAACAGUACCCCAGCUAAGCUCGCAGCCUUUCGCGACGCCGGGAAGAGGCUUCGUUUGCGACCCAGUCACUUUGCGUCGUGGUGGGCCUAUCUACACGAGCUCAUAUGUUCCGACUAUGGCUGUCUGUCCUUCAUGCUACGCUACGCAUGUCAAGCAUACGCCGCUAGCUUCCCACUUCACCCUAGAAGAAUUACAGAUGGAAACAGAGCAUACCUGUGACAUGUCCGCCACUGCAAUCCGGGCGGCAUGGCUGAGGUACUGCGUACGCAUUAGCCAUGGUAAUGUUGGAGACGCGGAGAGAGUAGCUUGUAUCAUACACUUUGCUCAGGCCUUCAAGAUGAUCAGUGAUCGAAUACAGCACUUGACCCCAGAAAUCACACGGCUGAAGCAGGAGAUUCAGGAGGCCAAGGCGCACUUGUUGCAUCAAGAGCUGGGCAGUACACCAUUACUUCCUGCCCUGACACCUAUGGGGAUGUUCAGUGCUGGCUCUAUCGCCCAUCAUGCUGCCAUGUCGAGGUACGUAGCUGGCUCGGAUGUGAACGAAACAGUGGCGCAGAAGCAGACGGAGACGGUGAGGUUGAGGACGGAGCUGAGGGGGUUACUUGGAGUGCCUGAUACAUACUAG